AUGGACAAGAUUAAGGAGAAACUCGAAAAGCUCCGCAUCGAGUCGGAGUCCCAUCACUCACGAGCUGAAAAGGCGGAAGCCGAAGUCAGGCAGCUCAAGGAAGAACUUGCAAAGCGGGAAACCGAAGUGCAGAGUCUCAACAACAAAGUCACCCUUCUUCAAGAGAACUUGGAUCGUACUGAGAAGCGAGUCGAGGAGGUUAAACUCAAGAAGGUGGAAGGCGACAAGGAGGAAUCCCAAGUGGAAACCCUCCAACGUAAGGUCCAAAUGCUGGAGCAGCAAUUGGAAGACAAGGGACGAGACUUGCGAGAUGCUACCGAAAAAUCCCGUGGCUUGGAACUCAGUGUAGAACAGGCUGAACGCAAAGCAAAACAACUUGAUGCCGAAAAGUCCGACCUCGAAAAGCGACUGGAUGACAUGACCCAAAAAUACAAUGUCGUUAAGCAGGAGCUUGACUCGACGUUGAAAGGUCUGGAGGAUUUGUAG